AAAUCCAGACACUUUUCUUUCUGUCGCCGGUACGCAAGAAUUUCUUGUUGCUUCCAGGAUCAUGAAUUUAAACUUCAAUCUUAAUUCGAGAAAUCACGAUUUUAAUAUGAAUUUUUUCUUUUGGGUUGCAGGAGUGUCGGCAUGGCUAAGAGCUCCUUCAAGCUGGAAUAUCCCCUUGAAAGGAGGCAGGCAGAAGCAGCCCGCAUCAGAGAGAAGUAUCCUGAUAGAAUACCAGUAAUUGUUGAGAGGGCUGAGAAGAGUGAUGUGCCUGACAUUGAUAAGAAAAAGAGGCAGGCAGAAGCAGCCCGCAUCAGAGAGAAGUAUCCUGAUAGAAUACCAGUAAUUGUUGAGAGGGCUGAGAAGAGUGAUGUGCCUGACAUUGAUAAGAAAAAGUAUCUGGUUCUUGCUGACCUGACUGUUGGACAAUUUGUCUAUGUUGUCCGGAAGGGGAUUAAGCUCAGUCCUGAGAAGGCCAUCUUCAUUUUUGUCAAGAACAUUUUGCCACCCACUGCUACCAUGAUGUCUGCUAUUUAUGAGGAAAACAAGGAUGAAGAUGAUCUUGAAGAAGAAAGAAUCAAGAGUUGCAGAGGAUUUAGGGUUAAAGGGGAAAAGGAAAGAGAGAGUGAAGUGAA